AUGGCAGAGGAUAAUGAUUCCAUCAACACUCCUCCACCUAAUGCUCCAACUCCCUUCAUUUCCCCCUCAGAAAACCCAAAUAGCCCAUACUUUCUUUAUUACAAUGAUAACUCCCACACUAUGAUCAUCACUCCUUCCCUCACUGGGUCGAACCACCUCACAUGGCACAGGUCUUUCACUCUGGCUAUUUCGAUUAAGAACAGGAUGGGUUUUCUAGAUGGGAGCAUCUUAACCCCAAAUUUGGCUUAUUCUCUCUAUGUUCCUUGGCUACACUGCAACAACCUUAUUCUCUCGUGGAUACUCAACUCUAUUUCGAAGGAAAUAGCUUCCAAUGUUUUCUAUAUCAGUUUUGCAAAUGAGGUGUGGGAAAAGCUCAAGACUCACUUUGCUCAACCAGAUAAUGUACGGAUUUUUCAACUUCAACAACAGCUCAGCACUAUUGUGCAAGGGACACAGAUGGUAAGUGAAUAUUUCACUCAGCUAAAUGGUGUAUGGGAGGAAUUGCACAACUAUAGGCCAUUACCUUGUUGUUCUUGUGGGCUUUGCACUUGUAAAGCACUUAAUUCGGUUGGAGAUAUACAACAAUCAAACUAUGUGUUCAAAUUCCUCAUGGGAUUGAACGAUUCCUAUGAAACAAUCAAAGGACAAAUAAUCCCGAUGAGUCCAAUCCCUUCACUAGACAAGACUUUUUCCUUGGUUCUACAAGAAGAAAGGCAAAGGCAAACCAAGAGCUUAGUUUUGCCAGCCAGUGAGUCUUCGACUCUUGCUACUCAGUUCAAAAGAAAGGAACAAUCUGAUAUGACUUGUCAGCAUUGUGGAAAGGCAGGGCAUACACAAGAGAAAUGUUAUAGGCUGAUUGGUUUUCCUCCAAACUUUAAAUUCACAAAGACUAGACCAGGGUACUCGAACAAUAGUUCUUCUGGUUAUCACUUGGCUAAUCAAGUUAUAUCUCAGGAUCAAGGGAAAGGGUGUUUGGAAAGUCCUCAGCUGUCACUUACUCAGGAUCAAGUUCAGAAGCUUUUGGCACUUGUUCAUGGUCAAUCUCUACAGCCUAGUCGUAACCAUCCCUAUACUCCUUAA